GACUCCGCAGUUUGGACUUCGAUUUCUAUGGAAUAAGACUGACUUUUCGAAAGAGAUUUUCGCAACUAAAAACCAUCCAAACUCUGAAAGAUAAAUUUAGCCUACACGUUCGAUAAAGCUUAUUUCAUUGCUUACUUUGUCAAGAAUUCGCUACGAAGUUUCCAUUUCGAUUUACGGUUUCUAUUUCAGGUCUACUACAAUAUGACGUUCCAGCCGACAAUUCCACGAGGCCCUGUAUCAGCCAUGUUCUCAAGUCCAGGGCCCAUUUACUCUUUACCACCAUUAAUUGGAUAUAAUAAACAUGACACGCGCAGCACUUAUAUAAAGGCACCAGCUUAUCAGAUAGGAAAAAGGACAGAAUUUACUCACAAUACCCUUUCACCAGGACCAAAGUACAACUUUCAGAAACAACCUGUAUAUCGUGAUGGCAAAGUAAGCUUGGCUCACGCCUAUAUAUUUGGUCGAGCAAAAGAUGUGAAACCUUUCGAUGGACCAGGGCCUUCUACCUAUUACGUCAAUUCAGGUAUAGCCUGUAGUUAUCCUGCGCCACCGAAAUACACAUUUGGAAGAAACUUGGAUGAAAAUAUAACAGAACAAACACCAGCUGCUAACGCUUAUACGCUACCACCAGUGCUAUGCAAAACAUAUGAAAGCAACAAAUUGCAACCACCAGUGUACAGUAUCAAUUCAUCGGCUCGAGACAAAAACCUCGGCUAUACUCAAACACCUGGUCCUAAUUCAUAUAAAACGGUUGAUACAUCACUGUACCUAAACAAACCUCCAGCUUAUUCUAUUCUCAAGAGAAUCGAGCCUUUAACAAGUAACACGACAAUACCAGGACCCGCUGCACAUUAUGAAGAAUUGCAAUGGAUGCAACCGAAGAAAAAGGCCGCUGCUUAUUCCUUUGGAACCCGUCAUUCACCAUACGUUGCUCCAGUAUUUACUGAAUUUGACGAAUAAAAUUUCAAUUAAUCCCGUCUUAUUGCAUGCUUUCACCGCCAAGCCAAGCGCAACAUUGUGCACCUUAGAACGGGUGCACCUAUAGCGGGCAACAGCCCCUAUGUUGAUGGCUGUCAUAAGGUUCCUUGAGUUGAAAUUUGAUUUCAAGAGAAGCUUGAAACGCUUGAAAUAUGCAGUGAUGACCUUGUCUUUCAUUUCUUUGUACAAGAUAUUGUCCAGCUCUAGGAUCCCAAGUUGUAGGAGCUUCGACAUAAUUAUUAAACUUUCGCCUUCGCUCAUUGUAGAUCUAUGAACAUUUCCAGUAUUAAGAAAAUAAAACAAUCCGUCCAUGAAAUUA